UUGAGCUUGCAAGGGUUUUCUCCCUUAUUUUGUCGUCUGAAAAAAUCUAUCUUGUUGUCAGAGGAAGUGUCAGACUGAGAAUUUUGUGACAUUUGUGGAAUUUUAACAAGCCAAAACAAAUAUAGAUGACAUUACCACACAAGUGCAAACUGUUUGACAUUUGGAAGAUUGUAAAGCCAUGAAAUGUCUUUUUUUGAAACAAUUGGUAUAAAAACUGUACUUGUAAUUGGAACAGUACUACGACUAUGUUUGAUUCUCUAUGGAGACUGGCAGGACAGGACACAGAUAGUUAAAUACACAGAUGUAGAUUAUUAUGUCUUUACAGAUGCUGCUGAGUUUAUGACAAAGAACCAGUCACCUUACUUACGACCUACAUACAGAUAUACACCGCUCUUAGCAUGGUUACUUCAGCCAGACAUUACCUUUACUCCUUUAUUUGGAAAGAUCAUAUUUGUUUUCUGUGAUAUAAUAACAGGAUAUUUGAUAUACUUACUAUGCAUAUCACAAAAGGUACAGGAAAAAGUUGCAGUUAUCUGUUCUUGUUUAUGGCUUCUUAAUCCCCUCCCUGCUACAGUUUCCAGCAGAGGAAAUGCAGAAUCUAUCAUGGCAGUUCUUGUCUUGUUGUCACUGAAACUAGUACAGGAUAACAAAGUUGUCAUGGCAGCAGUAAUAUAUGGUACAUCUGUUCAUGUAAAGAUUUAUCCAGCUGUAUAUGCUUUACAAAUUUAUUUGUACCUAAAACCAGAUUCAUUUAAAUGUGCCAGUGGAAAUUCCGUAUCAAAGUUAACAGAUGAUUUAUGGCCAAAUAGAAGAAAGCGCAUAUUCGUCUGCGUUGCAGGAGGGACAUUUUUAGCAUUAACUGGAACAUUUUAUUACUGGUAUGGCUGGGAUUUUCUACAUGAGACUUACCUUUACCAUUUAACAAGAAGGGACAUAAGACAUAAUUUUUCAGUAUAUUUCUACAUGUUAUACCUAACAACUGUAACAGAGUAUACAACUGUAAUAAGCCUUUUGUCAUUUAUACCACAGCUGAUAUUGAUGGUGACAUUUUCUAUCAGAUACAGGCAGGAGACAACACUAUGUUGGUUCCUCAACACAUUUGUCUUUGUUACCUUUAACAAAGUUUGCACAUCCCAGUAUUUCUUAUGGUACUUGAGUAUUUUGCCAGUUGUAAUUCCAAAGCUAUAUAUGUCAUACUCAAAGGCUAUCACUGCAGCUAUCUGUUGGAUUUCUAGUCAAGGUUUAUGGUUACUGUUUGCAUACUACCUAGAGUUCGGAGGUCAACCAACAUUCCUGUAUAUCUGGAUAGCUGGUGUUUUGUUCUUCCUAGUCAACAUAUGGAUUAUGGCUAUCAUAAUAGAAAGUUACAAACCUAAUAUAUCACAUGUAAAUAAAAUAAAAUAAAAUAUAUUUUA